CCCUGUGGACAGCUUAGGAAAAGAGUGACAACCACAGUUAUUGAAUGUAGAUGGAACCUUCAAACUUGGCAGCAGAAGCCGAUCUCAACAUUCCCAUCCCUCCCAAAAAUGGAGUCGAGUCGAGUCUGGUCCAUUGUGCACCAACGGGAUGAGGCCAAAGAUCCAAAGAUAUCGGGACAGUGCUGUGCGAUCUUUUCAGAGUCGAGUCGUGGGUUGGCUCGAAUCGUGAGUGCUCGUCUGUGGGACUUGGAUACUUCGCACUCUCUCAAGCCAAAGCCCUUUUGCCCAUUGAACAGAGGCUCUGAGCGGGCUAGCCACAAUGACAACCCCACCACAACGAAACUCUACAGAAAUGUUUCUCUGCCUCUGGAGUUGCAUGCUGCUGUUGGCAACCGCUGUAGUUUGGGUCCUGAUCAUCACAACCACAACAUCCCGUCCCACCUACCACUCUUCUCCAUUUUCCACGACGUCGCCGCACUUUUCCACGGCCUCCUAUCUCUAUGUGGGAACUCGUAACUACAGUACCCAUGAUGGGAUUCCACCAAUGAGCCCCACACACCUCGUACAAGAUAACUAUCGGUUUUGGGUAGGUGGUGGCAUGGUGGCCACGGACAUUGUCAUUGCCAAUGUGGCUGAUUGGAAUAUAUCUGCUGCUGUGGAGGCGGCUAGCUUGAAAGCGGGAGAAAGAUUCAACGACGAAAAGACACCGCUUCUAGUGGGAGCAAACGGAAUCGAUGACCAAAGGAGUCACAUUUCCCUCCGAGAGGCACUUGCAACACUUGCCAAACAGGUGGAGCAGUUGCAAAAGCGGGCAUUGAUGCAGGAGAAACGGAUUGUGAUGCUAGAAGCAAGUUGCCUUCGGAAAGAUGGGCAAAGUAGAAGUAGCAGUAGCUAACGACAUGUAACUCGAACUGCACAGCCGGUGUGUUACUUUCGGAAC